AUGUCUUCUACACAAUCUGAGGAUCACCACAUGGCUAAGGCUCACGCGAUCAUUCCAGACGACUUCGAGUUGCCAGUGAAUGCUUUUGAUAUUCCCAAAUGCUAUGAAGGGGAUCUACAAGCUGUUGUCAUCCCAGAAGGACUUGUGAAAGAUCGCGUACGGAGGUUAGCCAAAGAUAUUAAUGAUGUUAUUGGAGACGAACCCUUGUCAUUACUAUGCGUCUUGAAAGGUUCUUACAAGUUUUUCACUCAACUGGUUGACGAACUGGCUAAUGCCAGAUCUUCUCGUACGACAGCUAUGACUGUUGACUUUAUUCGCUGUAAAAGCUACGAAGAUACUGCUAGUAGUGGAACUGUCCAAAUUACAGGGCUUAGUAACUUAGAGGAGUUGAAAGGAAAGAAUGUGUUGAUUGUGGAUGAUAUUGUUGAUUCUGGACAAACCCUUCAUCGAUUGAUUCAUACAUUGGAAAAUUUAGGUGUAAAGAGAACAUGGUCCGCUCUUCUAUUGGCCAAGCGCGUGAAACGUGUCAUCGACGUUCGUGAAGACUUCGUUGCUUUCCAAAUUCCUGACAAAUUUAUUGUGGGAUACGGCUUAGAUUAUAAUCAAAACUUCAGGGAUCUCAAUCAUAUUUGCGUUAUGAGUGAGAGUGGUAUUGAGAAAUACAAAAAUAGAUAA